GCGCUCUUCCCAGCCCCUCCCCCAAAUGGGUCUGGUUGGGGGCGGGGCACCCUGCAGUCUUCUGCCCCAGGGCCCUGCAACGCUAGGGUGGAGCCUCUUUGGAGGUGCCCAAGUAGAGCCUGAGCCACAUUUCCUAGGUCUGGGCUGCGUGCGCACAGCCAGGUACCACUGGAAGAAGGACUUUGUGCCCUGUUCCGCACAGCACCAGCAUGACUGAGCGCAUGAACACCACUGAAAUCUUCGAUGGCGUCCGCUUCCCAGGAUUCAUACACACCCCAGAGUCCCUGAAAGCGGCUUGCUCCUUCCAGUUCCAGGACACAGACAUCCUCUUGGUAACAUUUCCCAAGUCAGGUACCACCUGGAUGCAGCAGGUUCUGAGUCUUAUCUUCUGUGAGGGUCACUUGUGGCCUAUUCACAACCUCCCCACCUGGGCCCGCGUGCCCUGGAUAGAGCAAAUCUCCUUCGAUAGCCUCCAUUCCAAGCGGAACACUUCCUGGCCUCGGCUCUUCACCUCCCACUUGAACGCCAAAGGACUGUCCCCAGCUCUGAUGAAGUCCAAGGCCAAGGUGGUGUACAUGGCCCGGAACCCCAAGGAUGUCCUUGUUUCCUUCUUCCACUUCCACCGAAUAGCCGGCUUCCUGCCCAAUCCCAGCUCCUUUGAGGACUUUGUGGAUGAGUUUCUCGAGGGCACAGGCUUCUUCGGCUCCUGGUUUGACCACGUGAAGGGGUGGCUGAGCCUGCAGAAGGACCUAACUUUGUUUUUUGUCACCUAUGAGGAGCUGCACCAGGAACCUCGCUCUACUAUCCGCAAGUUAAGUGAAUUCCUGGGGCGCCCCCUGGGGCCAAAAGAGGAGGAUAUCAUCCUGGAACACAGCAGCUUUUCCUUCAUGAGUCAGAGCAACAUAGUCAACUACAGCCUGCUGUCCAAGGAGAUCAUAGACCAGAGCGAGGGCAAGUUCUUCAGGAAAGGUGUUGUGGGGAACUGGAGGGAAUACUUUACUCCUGAGCUGAAUGAGAAGUUCAACGCUGUCUACCAGUCCAAGAUGGGUGACUCUGGCCUUUGCCUCCCCUGGACCAUGGACUGACCCUUCUGACCUAUCUAGCCCAUUCACAUGGGCCCACCAUGCUACAACCCUGGUCUAGCCUGUCCUCCUACUGUGCUAUGCUACUGGUCUAGCCUGUCCUCCUCCUGUGCUACGCCCCUGGUCUAGCCUGUCCUCCUACUGUGCUAUGUUCCUGGUCUAGCAAUAAAAGCUCAGAUUCAUGUUAUACA